AUGCCUCCGUCGUACUAUCAGGACACUCCAUCCUACAACAAAUCCGAAUCGGACUCUACACCUGAAGAAAAGAAAAAAGACCCAAUGUAUCUCGCCAAACGUCAUAAGAAUAACCUAGCCGCACAGAAAUCACGGAAAAUCAGGCGACAACGAGAGGAGUCGAUCACGAAAACUGCCGAGAUGCUACGCGCUGAAAAUGACAGUCUGAAAAGUGAAAUCGUCCAGCUUCGAGAGAUGAUCACCGAUCUUCGGAAAACAGCUGAGUUCGACUUGCCAGGCACCGGCGCCAACGGAGCCUAUGCGAGACACAGCGAACAUCACUCGACCAGAUCCCUACAUGCCUUACCACACGUUCCAGAUUGGCUUUUCCAUCAACAGCCAAUUAUAGCCUUCAACCUUGGCUCGUGCGGCACCGCCACCCAUUUCCAGAUGAUCACCGAUCUUCGAAAACAGCUCAGUUCGACUUGCCAGGCACCGGCGCCAACGGAGCCUAUGCGAGACACAGCGAACAUCACUCGACCAGAUGCCUACAUGCCUUACCACACGUUCCAGAUUGGCUUUUCUAUCAACAGCCAAUUAUAG